CGCUGGGCGACCCGGAAGUUUUCCCAUUUUGCCUGUUCGGGGCUCGGUGGCGGCCGGGCUCGGGGCUGACGUGCCGCCAUGGGGUCGUCAAAGAAGCACCGCGGGGAGAAGGAGGCGGCCGGCACCACGGCGGCGGCCGGCACCGGGGGCGCCACCGAGCAGCCGCCGCGACACCGAGAGCACAAAAAACACAAGCACCGGAGCGGCGGCAGCGGCGGCAGCGGCGGCGAACGACGGAAGCGGAGCCGGGAACGGGGGGCCGAGCGCGGGGGCGGGCGGCGCGGGUCCGAGACCGAGGCCCGCAGCGGUGCGCACGGGCGGGAGCGCAGCCAGGCCGAGCCCUCCGAGCGGCGCGUGAAGCGGGAGAAGCGGGACGAUGGCUACGAGGCCGCUGCCAGUUCCAAAACCAGCUCCGGAGAUGCCUCGUCACUUAGCAUCGAGGAGACCAAUAAACUCCGGGCAAAGUUGGGGCUGAAACCCUUGGAAGUCAAUGCCGUCAAGAAGGAGGCGGGCACCAAGGAGGAGCCCGUGGCAGCCGAUGUCAUCAACCCUAUGGCCUUGCGACAGCGAGAGGAGCUACGGGAAAAGCUGGCAGCUGCCAAAGAAAAGCGCCUCCUGAACCAAAAGCUGGGGAAGAUAAAGACUCUGGGGGAGGAUGACCCCUGGCUGGACGACACUGCAGCCUGGAUCGAGAGGAGCCGGCAGCUGCAGAAGGAGAAGGACUUGGCAGAGAAGAGGGCCAAGCUGCUGGAGGAGAUGGACCAGGAGUUUGGUGUCAGCACUCUGGUGGAGGAGGAGUUCGGGCAGAGGCGGCAGGACCUGUACAGUGCCCGGGACCUGCAGGGCCUCACUGUGGAGCAUGCCAUCGACUCCUUCCAAGAAGGGCAGACUAUGAUCCUUACCCUUAAGGACAAAGGCGUGCUGCAGGAGGAGGAAGACGUGCUGGUGAACGUGAACCUGGUGGAUAAGGAGCGGGCAGAGAAAAACGUGGAGCUGCGGAAGAAGAAGCCGGACUACCUGCCCUAUGCAGAGGAUGAGAGUGUGGAUGACCUGGCACAGCAAAAACCCCGCUCUAUCCUGGCCAAGUACGACGAGGAGCUGGAGGGCGAGCGGCCGCACUCCUUCCGUUUGGAGCAGGGCGGCAUUGCCGACGGCCUUCGGGAACGUGAGCUGGAAGAGAUCCGCACCAAACUGCGGCUGCAAGCUCAGUCCCUGAGCAUGGUCGGGCCGCGGCUCGCCUCCGAGUACCUCACGCCAGAGGAGAUGGUGAGCCCUCAGCUACUGCCCACGCUUGUCACUGGGGCGGUGGUGGAGAUUGUGAAGAAGCUGGAGUCCCGCCAGCGGGGCUUGGAGGAGGAUGAGGAUCCGGAGCGGAAGGGGACCAUCGUGUUCAAUGCCACGUCGGAGUUCUGCCGCACCUUGGGGGAGAUCCCCACCUACGGGCUGGCCGGCAACCGGGAGGAGCAGGAGGAGCUCAUGGACUUCGAACGGGACGAGGAACGCUCAGCCAACGGCGGCUCUGAGUCUGACGGCGAGGAGAACAUUGGCUGGAGCACAGUCAACCUGGAUGAGGAGAAGCAGCAUCAGGAUUUCUCUGCCUCCUCCACCACCAUCCUGGACGAGGAGCCCAUCGUGAAUAGAGGGCUGGCAGCCGCGCUGCUCCUGUGUCAGAACAAAGGACUGCUGGAGACGACAGUGCAGAAGGUGGCCCGGGUUAAGGCGCCCAACAAGUCCCUGCCGUCAGCGGUGUACUGCAUUGAGGACAAGAUGGCCAUCGAUGACAAGUAUAGCCGGCGGGAGGAGUACCGGGGCUUCACCCAGGACUUCAAGGAGAAGGACGGCUAUAAGCCUGAUGUUAAGAUCGAGUAUGUGGAUGAGACGGGCCGAAAACUCACACCCAAGGAGGCUUUCCGACAGCUGUCCCACCGCUUCCACGGGAAAGGCUCGGGCAAGAUGAAGACAGAGCGGAGGAUGAAGAAGCUGGACGAGGAGGCGCUCCUGAAGAAGAUGAGCUCCAGCGACACACCCCUGGGCACUGUGGCUUUGCUCCAGGAAAAGCAAAAGGCCCAGAAGACACCGUACAUCGUGCUCAGCGGCAGCGGCAAGAGCAUGAACGCGAACACCAUCACCAAGUGAGGCCGUCCUCCCCUCCGGUCCCCUCCCCAACUUUAAUAUUAAAUAAAGUUCCCUCCUUAUUUUUUC